CGGGGCAGAGGCGGAGGCUGCGGCUGCGACCCUGCUCAGCCAGGCCCGGGGAGGCGGGGGGCCGGGCGCGGCGGGGCCGGAGGGCGCCCAGCCACCGGCGGGUGGCUCCAGGCCUCCCGUCCACCUGCCCGCCCGCUCGCUCCGUGAUCUGCGGAGCCGGUGCCGGCCAGGACCCAUGGUGGCGUCAGCGGCUCUGUCGGCAGCUGCAGCCGCGGCUGCCCUGUCGGGCCUGGCGGUGCGGCUCUCGCGCUCGGCGGCGGCGCGCGGCUCGUACAGCGCCUUCUGCAAGGGGCUCACGCGCACGCUGAUCACUUUCUUCGACCUGGCCUGGCGGCUGCGCAUGAACUUUCCCUACUUCUACGUCGUGGCCUCGGUGAUGCUCAACGUCCGCCUGCAGGUGCGGAUCGAGUGAGCGCCUGCGGCCGCAGUCCCAGCUGCCAAGCGGGAGGGUCCCGCGCCCGCCGCCUGCGUUGCGCAGCGUCGCAGGCAUGAGGGGCGGCGGGGAAGCGCGAGGCCGCAGUGCCGCGGCAGACGCAGGGGGCAGAGCUGCUCGGGUCCCCGGACCCUAGACCUCCGCGGGGGGUCGCCGCCCCCCCCCCCCAAGCCCCGAGCUCCGACCCCGGCCGCGACCCGCCCACUCGCGUCGCGGCCGGUGCCUCAUCGCUUUUAGAAACGCACAAAAUCGGCCCUUUCCGUCGUGCUGGAGAAAAUUCCUGGAGUGCAGCAGACCUGUUGCCUCACAGUGGCCGAGGGUAGAACCAUAAAGAAGAAAAUCUGCGGCAGAAACUUGAUUUGACCGGCCCUGACCAUUUUAAAAGGAACUGGUGUUUGUUGGUAGUGACCCGGCCCUUCUCUGGCCUUGUCGACAGAGUCACACCGAUGCCUAAGCCUCAGAGCUGCCUGGGGAGCAGCUGAGUGAAGAACCUGAUGGAGGAGGAGAGGAAGGGCCAUCUAGGCAGAGACCCCGAGGGGUGGGGUAGGUGGGGUAGGAUCCCCUCUCCAGCCUCAGUGGUCAGGGUGUGGCAUGGGGACACUGCCAACUGGGCACUGAAAUCUCCUGGCAACACCAUGAGGGAGUUGUAGUCUCCCACCUACCGACUCGGGAAACUGGAGCUCCCAGAGGGGAGACACCUGCCCUGUCACAGACAGGAAGUGGCAGAGCUGAGUCUGCCCCAGGCCUGCGUUCCCCUUCCCCCGCCCAGGCUUCUGGAAGACCCAGCUGUGGUGGGCCUGGAGAGGAGCACACAAGCCCCCAGGGCACCUGGGGAGAGGGCUCCAGGGUAGGGAAUGCAGGGAAGUAGCCUUCCUUAGAGUGGUAUGGGGGUCACAGGGAAGACCGGGAGGAAAGUCUGAGCUGCAGUGGGUACAGGAGAGAUGAGUCCCAGAUGUCCUGGGAGCCACAGUCCUCCCUGCAGGGCCGGGCCUCCUUGCCCCACCCCAGGCUGACCAAGGGUCCUCGGCAGUUGAGUAGCACAGGCCUCUCUGUUUGGGUGGCAGGGUGGGGAUGGUGGUGAGGCUCCUGGGGACAGGAUGGGGCCGGGAUCCAUGUAUGACCCAUCUGUCUGUCCCCAGGCUCAGCCCCCAAAGCCCACGUCACACGGGAGACUCUCCUCUCACAGGCUUGGAUUGGUCCUGGGGGCCCUGGGUGAGCUGCUGACUGGAGCACCAGGGGGCUUGGAGCGGUCCAGAGCGGAGCCAGGAGAGUCCUCGGCCCUCACCACCCAGCCCCGGCCCACAUCUGCUCUGGCACUGCUUGCUCUCAGACCCCUGCCCAGCUCCUGUCGGGACUGAAAGCCGCAGCAGCCCGGCCAGCCCCAGGACACAAUGGCCCUGUCUCAUACCAUCUGCCCUCCUCGGCCGCCCAGCUGGAGCCCAGGGCCUGGGUGAAGACCUCUGCCUGCGUCACUCCUGGGACUGAGGCUGGACUGAGGCCACUGUGUGCCCCUUGCAGUUUCCCAGAGACAGGGCCUGGUGGCAUCCUUCCUUGUGCCAAGUGUCCUGGGGGCUCCUGCCUCACCCUGACCACCCAGGACCACCUCUGGGAGCUGGCCAGCCCACUGACUCCAUCCACAAAUCUGUGGGGAUGUCCUCUGAGAGAGGAAUGUGACCCAGGGCUGCAUGAGAGAAGAGGACGAGGGGCCUCCUUGGGGCUGAUGCACAGAUGUGUCCCUGUGAAGCCCAGGUCUCAUCCUCUGGGUUACUCCAGCCCCUCGUGGUGGGGGCAGGGGCAGCAGGCUGGGAGGAGAGAGGCCGGAGGAUGGCCUGGGGAGGCUUUUCACUGGCCCAGGGCUCCUGGUAGGGGCGGGGCUGGUGGGCAGGUUGAGCUGCGCUGGCGCUGGCCCUCCCCUGCAGGGACCCCAUUCAUGCGGAGGGGCCCAGGAAGUCACGGUGGCUCCCGCCCUUGGCCCUUUGGCUCACAGGGAUUGUCUGGGGGAGAGGCUGAUGGUGCAUCCUUCGCUUGUGUUCCUGCCACUGCUUUUCUUACCGUUUUGGCCUUGAGUAAUUAGCGAGCUUCUGCUUUCCCACCUCUUCCUUCUGUCCGCACGGGGCCCUUGCUGCUGGAUGGGCUCUCAGUGCACUGUAUUUAUUUGCAGUCUGUUUUCCAGGCACUGGAGCUUCCACAAAAUCAGAGCCAUUGGCCCGAACAAGAGGAUGUUCACUUUUCUAUGUGUGAUUAACUCUGGUCAGCACAGUCUGCCUAGAGAGAUGUUCUUGUUUCUGGUGUCACAUCUUGCUGCCUCUCUUAAGUUAAAGAAAGAAGUCCUUGAGUUCAAUAAAAUAGAAUAAAACUGGAGGCUUCCUGUUCCUGGUGUGGGGCAGUAGCCUUGGGGCAGAGAGGCCAGUGGUGAGGUCACCAGCUCUGAUGACCCAGAGCUGGGAGGGGGCUCCCUCAGAGGGCUGGUGUCGGGGGUUGGGACGGCAGGACGUGGGUCCGUUCAGAAGAUGCUCAGAGACCCAGCUUGUCCUGGACCACUUCCCUGUGAAGCGAUGGCAGCAGGAGAGGCCCAGCCAAGAGUUGGCAGUUGGUGUCAUUGACAACCAUUGUUUGAAUAACCUAAUACCUAAGUCUGGCCUUCAUUUUAGAGCCUGGCCUUAGCACUUAAUUCAGUUGAACCCCGAGGCUGGGCUGGGGGAGGUGAGGUGAAGUAGGCUGUCUGCAGAUCAUCUGUGCCACCUGAAGGGCACGCUGCAGCAGUUGGCAACAUCCCCUUUCCCUCUCUGUUGGCCAAGUGUGUGAUGAGUUUUGGAGAAGACAAACCACCAACACCAGAAACCCACUUCCUCCCCCACCUUAGACCUGAGCUGUCCCUGCAGAGAAGCUGGGCCAGGGGCUCCAGGGCUGCUGCAGGGGUCAGGUGGCCGGCUGCAGGUCAGGCGGCUGGGAGGAGCUCAGCAGCCCCAAUAGAAGAAGGAAGGUCUAUGGGCCCCAGGAGGGAGGCGUCCUGAGGACACAGGGUUAUGGUCACACUGAGGAGUGCAGCCUGGGGAAGAGCUGUGCCCAUCCUCACCUGUGGCCAAAAGCUCCCUAGGGGUCAAAGCCUACCAACACCUGCCACCACGAAAGUGGUGGGUGCCAGUGCCCUGAGCUGCCCUCCCCUUUGUCCAGAUGGUCCUGUUCUGUCCCUGAUGGUCCUGCACCCACUCCAGGGUUCAUGUAGCCUGGAACAACCAAGCUGGGAGAGGAUCAGACCAGAACCUGGGAUCCAAGGCACUAGGGUAAGGGGGGAACCCCCUUCCCUGGCACAGGGGAAGGCAGGCAGGUCCUGCUCUGGUUAGGGGUGGCACCUGAGCCCAGCAUUUCCUCCAACUACCGCAUGGCCCCAGCUCAGCCAUGAGCACUCGUGUUUGCAGGGUGGCUGUGGGCAUUCAGUGUGAUGAUGAAUGGUCAGCAUUUGUCCUCAAGUCUGACCUGAGCAGCCCUGUGACUACAAGGAGAGGAAACCAAGUAAAGGGAACUGGCAUGUGAUGACAGCCAACCAAGCUCUAGGCACAGAGCUGAGUGCUAUGCUUCUGUACUCUCAUCAUAAUCCCCAUAGCCACCCACUGGAGGAGGACAUCAAGAGGACAUGACCUCUGGCUGACCCGAGAGCUGGUGCCAGGCAAUCAAAGGCACCUCAUCUCCUCCCAUGUUCUUGAAAUGUAUGCUCUGCUCCCCAUUCCCACAGCUGAAGCUGUUUCAAGGACCAGCCUUAGGAUAGCAAUGUGUUGUUGAGACCAUCUGGACAGUAUAUAUUUGACUGAACCCCACUACAGCCUCCAUGUAGACUCUUAAUUAAGAUUCGGGCAGAUGGGGCAGAGAUCUACUCAUCUUGGGGUUGCCCAAGACAAGCCUUGUGUGUAAGUUCCUUUGCUUAUUAACCCUGUCACCUGCAAAUCUGGAGUGGCCUGCCUCUUUUCAGGGUCUCUUCCUGCCUUCUGUGUUCACUGAGGGUAUUAGAUGCACGCAAGUUUGCCUGUACCUCCUCCUGGAUAGCUAUGUUUAUCAGUAUAAACACUCCUUCAUUGUCA